AUGAAAGAGCUUUCAACCCUUUUUUCUUUUAUAGAUAAGUGCAACCUACCAAAGGUCGCAGGACCAUGUGAAGGAUACUACCCGCAAUGGUUUUAUGACAAAGACAGCAAACAUUGCUCACAAUUCAUUUAUGGUGGUUGUCUGGGUAACAACAACCGGUUUGAGACACGAGAAGAAUGUGCCUCGACAUAUGCAUGUGAACAGAAAAAAGAAGAAGGCCCAUGCAGAGGAGAAUACGCAAGGUAUUACUUUGACAAAGAAUCCCAACAAUGUCUGCCAUUCUUGUAUGGUGGAUGUAAGGGCAACAAUAACAACUUCCUGGCAAUAGAAGCUUGCAAACAAAAAUGCUUGGCGCCAGGUCGAAAGAAGGACAUGUGCUUCUCAGAACCAGAUCCUGGACAAUGCGGUGGAAACUAUCACAAGUUCUAUUACGACAGACGAGAUGGAGUAUGCAAAGUAUUCGUAUAUGGAGGUUGUGGUGGAAACAGGAAUAACUUCGAUACCAUGGAAGAGUGUCUUACUGGUUGUGGUGCUUCACAAGAUAUUUGCAUACUACCACCAGUUGUUGGUCAAUGCGAUGGAGAAUACCUCCAGUACUAUUAUGAUCCCAACAGUGACUCCUGUCAACCGUUCAACUUUGGUGGAUGUGGAGGAAACUACAACAGGUUCCAAGACCAAGUUUCUUGCGAGCAAAGGUGUAAGAAGACACCACCAUCAGUUGCUGUCACCUCUGCACCUCAAAUUCCAAGUGACAUGACGAUGUGCUACCAACCAGCCGAUCAAGGCUCUUGCAAUGACACUUACGUGGCAUUCUUCUACGACAGCAAUACGAGGACAUGUUCUCCAUUCACAUACACUGGUUGUGGCGGUAAUAGUAAUCGAUUCAACAGUGAAGAACAGUGUGAGAGGCAAUGUGGAAACUUCAGAGGACAAGAUAUUUGUAAUAUGGAGAGGGACCCAGGACCGUGCAGAGGCUACUUCGUAAAAUAUUACUAUGAUAAAACCACCCGCCGAUGUGAACAGUUUGCUUUCGGUGGGUGCCAAGGCAACGGAAACAGAUUCAGCUCGCAAGAAGAAUGUGAACAAAUUUGUUUGACUCAUGAAGAAAGCAAACCUAACAUAACUACUUCAGAUAUAUGUCGAUUGCCAGUAGACCAAGGAUCAUGCGAAGGCUCGGGCGCGUACCACAAGAGAUGGUACUUCGAUGACCAACGUGGCGAAUGUAUAGCCUUCAUCUAUUCUGGAUGUGGAGGAAACUUUAAUAACUUCAAGUCGUUCCAAUCCUGUCUUGAUUUCUGCAGAGAUUUAUUGCCCCAAACGGAAGCACCUGCUGUUGUAUACCAGACCGAAGUAGCACCUCACCCAUGCCAAGAAGUAUUUGACGAAUGUACGACGUUACGUUGCCCGUACGGUGUUGAACCGUACGUGGAUGAGAAUGAAUGCAACAGGUGUCAGUGCAGAGACCCUUGCUCGGGGGUUAUGUGCAGGGAAGAUGAACAAUGUGCUAUUGACAUCAACAGAAACAGAACUGGAGGGGGGGAUGCUGAUUUUGUCGCUCUUUGUAGGCAGCGUGUAAAGCCAGGCAUGUGUCCAUCACUCCAACUACGCAACGAAACCAGUGCUUGUGAUCAAGAGUGCCGAUCCGAUGCCGACUGCGCCUUGAACUUGAAAUGCUGCUCCACAGGAUGUGGAACAUCAUGCGUGGAUCCGGCACCACUUCCUGUACCACCGGCUCAACUAGUCACACAACAGCCACCUCAUCCAGAUCAGACAUACACGGACCGGCCACAAGAAUUUUCACCACCUAAGAUUGAUUUGGAGAAAUUUGAGCCGACUGUAGCCGCACCCAUAGGUGAUCAGGCUAUUUUGAGAUGCGCGGUGACUGGCAACCCAACACCGAAAAUCAAAUGGAGUAAAGGGAAUAUACUGAUUGACGGUGCACAACCAAGGUAUAGGAUAAAACUGGAUCAAUCGCUCCAGAUCAUUACAUUGCAUAAGACUGAUUCAGGAAUCUACCUGUGCACUGCUGAAAAUAGUCUUGGAGAUCCCGUUACUAAUGAAAUCAAACUUGAUGUAUUGGACUCCGAGCCCCGACCACCGAGCAUCUUGGACCAAACAGACGAACCUCCAGUCAUAGUGUCGUUAAAUGCUCCAACGACACUCAAUUGUUAUGCUUUGGGCCAUCCUGUACCCACCGUCUACUGGUUCCAUGACGAUACAAUGAUUCCGUUCAAGAACAAUGAGUACGAAGUUAGGAAGGACUUCUCGCUGUUGAUUCACUCGGUGAAGUUACACAACUUGGGUAUUUAUACGUGUCAGUCGUACAACGGAGUUGGAAAGGCCGCCAGUUGGUCGGUGACUGUCCGAGCUAGAGGGCCAUACCACUUCAGUGAUCCACUCGAAAUGAAGCUCUACAAGAAGUUCAUAGUCGAUCCACCAGAGGACCCUCAUUUCACUACCACUACUACCAUGUCCACACCCAGGUUGCCUCCUUACAGACCAACACCUGAACCUUACGUACCUCAUGUACCUGACUACUACACGGAACCGUCGAAUGAAAUCAGGCCGGAACCGGUGCCAGUAGAAGUUCCUUAUCAGCCGCCACGUGUUGUUGUACCAGUUCGUGCCAACAUAACGUCAAGCGAUCAAAGAUUCCCGAUCGGAAGUGAUGUAGAACUACCCUGUACAAUACAGGGUUAUCCAAUACCUCAGGUCAAAUGGUACAAGGAUGGUGUAGAAAUUACCAAUUCCGAAAAGAUGCAAAUAACAGGUGUGAACACGCUGUUUAUAAGAAACGUAACGAAAGCAGACUCAGGCAAUUACCAAUGUGAAGCAACAAAUGCGUACUCUAGAGCUUCCAGCACUAUAGAAAUUAUAGUAGAAGGUGGAAUGUACAUCCAUCCAAGAUGCACGGACAACCAAUACUUUGCUAACUGCGCGUUGAUAGUACGAGCUAAGGUGUGUACGCAUAAGUAUUAUGCCAAGUUUUGCUGUCGAUCGUGUACAGAAGCCGGGCAACUUCCUGUAGAUGGACCACAUCUACAAGGUCUUAUCAAUGACAAACGGAAUGCACUGGAUACGAACUUGGUAUGAAGAAGCGAUGGGAAGUUCUAGUCUCGAGAAUCAAAAACUGAUAUAGCGAAAACGACGUGCAGUGUGCAGUGGUAAUAGGAAACAACGCAUGAACUGAAAUAAGCAUAGAGAAUCUUAAAAAUAUCAAUAUCGCAGGUUUUGUUAUGUCCCAAAGUAAGUACAAAUUGGCCAAAACAAACAUGAAGAAAUUACUAUCUAAUAUCAUGGCAAUACUUUCACAGUUGAACAUUUAUUUACUCAGAUACACCUCUAUUGAUCAUGUUCAAUUAUUGCAGUUCAUAUGACAGUUUGGAGACGUCUCCAUUAGUAACUCGAUGCCAGCAACACAAAAACACCUUACCAUCUUAAUAAGUAUCUUUUGAAGGAGAUUCCAGUGUCUACAUAAAAGCCUUGAUGUAAAUUAAACAAUGGGUUUAUCUAGAUUUUUUAAGUCCUGAACAAAACAAACGCGUCAUUUUCAUAUAUAGAAUCAAAUGGGUGCAAGUUAAUUUUUCAAUGAGAAAAAAACUGAGCCCUGAAUUCUGUUUAUGAAAAACUGUUCAACAGUUGCAACCUUAAAAGGCUCGCCGAUUGAACAUUGACUAAUCACCACAAGAAUAUUUUCCAUUUGAACAAAUCUAAUAUAGCUCUAAGUAAUUAUUUCAUUUGCUUGCAUGAGGGAAUACAAAUUCAAUACGUUGUUAUUUUUUGUUCCUAUUUCGACAAAAUUUCUAAAUUACUGUAGAUUUUUUUUUGUUAAUUUUUGUAGAACGAACGCAUUUUAUACCAUAAUGUUUGCUGAUAGAAUGCAAGGAGACAUAUCCCAAAAAGUCUAAGGUAAAAUAGUACAAAUAAAGUGGAGCCUUCAUUGGUAGUUCAAAACAAAACUCAAAUUAUUCAGUUGACAAAAAACCUAUUAUUUAUGUUUACAAUAAAUAUUACAUUCAACCUUCCUUCACCCCAUACCGCAUGGGCGAAGCCAGCAGUACCGCCUAGGGUGGGGGGUUUAUCAAAAGAAAAGUGUCGCAGAUUGUAAAAAUGGUCUUCAGGUCCUCCUAUCUGGAAAAAAAUGUCUCUACCUCCGGGGCAGAAUUGGGUGAGGGUGGUAGCUUACUGCUAGUUGAUUUUUGGAAUUAAUUCAAGUAUAUAACAAACCUUUUGUUAAUUUUUCAAAUUGCCGAAAAUAUUUCAAGAAAAAGAAUGAAACAGGUAUACUGAUUUACAGUUCGCCUUUUGCUGCUAGCAUAAUUAGACAAACAAGAAACUAGAUGUUGGGUUGCAACUGGUUAAUAGGUUUUUUAUUUUUUAAUUAUUUAAUAAAAGUGUCACCAGUUUAUUGAUGUCAAGUCACUCAGCUGACAGAGUAUUACCCAUCUCAGUCGUUUAACCUGACACAGAAAGGGAAAAUUCUCAGGUAUUGAACUGUUUUAGUUUCAAAUCGCAAGUGUUCCCUGUCAGAGUAUCUUUACGGUAAUGCCGGUAUUUCUUUCAAUAAAUAUUAGAAAAUAAUUAAGAUUUUUAAAAAUUCCGAAAAUAAACACUUUAUUCCAAAAAGUUCCUGUAAAAUUUAGGUUCCCGAUCCAAAAAGUACCGCAAAUCGGCCGAUUGACAACAGUACGUGGUCGAUGACUGUACAAAGUAAGGUUAUGCUUUUGCAGCUUUUGGCGCCACUAUUUGUGCACAACAAGGUGGUGGGAGAGCCACCUCUGGUGCACGAGAACAGAGAAUUGAAAAACACCUGACAGCAAGCUGACUCCUCCACCUCGACUAUCACUUGCACUAUAUUUCACAAAUAGUCACACUGCAGGGGUGAAAUCAAACAACAAAUAAUAAUAAUAAUAAAAUUGAUAGUUGCGAGAUUCAUGCAGCGCUGCAGUUUUGAAACUUCAAAUUUUAAUCAAGAAGUUAUAUAAACUAUUAUUCAGAAUUCACUAACAAUACCCAACCUACUUUCCAAAUAAACAAUUGCUUUUUGGAACCAGGAUCAGCCAUGAGUGCAAAUGCAACAGAUCGUGUAUUUUGCUUCCAGUUACGUGUGUACCUCAUUUUUUUUAUUUUUAUUAUUGAAGUUUUUAAAUUCAUCACAGCAUCUACAUCUAAAUAAUUUCUUGGUACUUCUAUGAAACUGAAAACAAUUACCAAAAGAUGAAUUCACUUGAAAACGACACCUGGUACCAUUUAAAUUUUAUAAUAUAUACAAACAAAAACUUCAUGAUUUACUCACAUCAACAGUCAAAGGAAUUCUUCCAAGUAGUAAGCUUCAUCUUGUUAUCAGCAGAAAAUAGUCCAUUGGCAUUGGCAACAACAAUCACUUACACUAAUCAGCCAACAAACACUUACACUACACGGCUAUGAUAACUACAUCCACUUAUUUUAUAAAAUUUCAUUCAAAAACGUCAAAAAUAGCAAGACCUUUUGACGCGACGCGUACCACUUAACAUUUCACUGUGCAUAAAACAAACAACCAAAGCAAACUAUGAUUUGCCAAAAACAUAUAUACAACGCCGGGUUGUCGGAUCCUCGGGUAGUCAGUCCGGCGCGGCUUAUUUGGCGGUUAAUUAUAGGCCAGGACAACUAGACAACACCAAGAUAAAGGAGUAUUAUAGGUGUUAAUAAACUAUGUAGACAAACUUUAACCAUCGAAUCCUUGGUCAAUUUGAAGACUAAAUGUUCAUAUGGACAUGGGUCCGUAACGGCGUUCUUUUCGAGCUAGAGCACUAUAACUAAAGAAAUACGAGUAAUGUUCCAAAUAGUGAAACGUAUUUAUUGGGCAGUUGGUAUAACCUAUGAUGAAUUUUGUAUGUUUUACAAGUUGCUGAGGCUGCGUGGAUGAAAAUAGUAUUAUCCUGUAUUUUUGGAAAAAAAUUAUUUAGGUCAAUAGUUAAACAUUAAAAGUAUUGCGAUCUAAACAAAUCAAUUACAUGUUACUUUUUCAAAAAAUACUGGAUAAAUCAUGUGAUAUUCACCACAGGGCAUACUUAAUUAAAAUAAAAUAUGUUCCAUUCUUGUAUAAUUUUUUAGAACAGCAUCAUUUCUUUUAGUGCUAAUAUGCUCUAGCUUGAGAACAAAGCCGUUGUGGACCCAUGUUCAUAUGGAAAAUUCGUCUUCAAAUUGACCAAUGAUUCGAUGGUUAAAGUUUUUCUACAUACUUUAUGGACACCAUGUAUCUAGGUAGUAAAAAUAAACAAACUUUUACGGACUAUGGACCUGAAGAUUGCCCCGGAAUUUGAUCGUAUUCAAGUUAAUAGCAUUGAAGUGAAUAAUCUCAUGUUUGCAAUACAUUUCAUGUGAAUCAAAGUAUAGCCUUGUUGAAGGGGCAUUUUAAAAAAACUUCUUGUUGUAGUGUUUUAUCCUUAUCCACGUCCUCUCGUUCCAAUUUUUUUUUUUUUUUGUUUUUAUCGUUUAUCCAUAAAAUGACUUCAGAAGACAACUGUGGAAGAAUUGGCCUUGUACAAUCCAUUUUUUAUUUGACCAGAAACCAAACGUACUUAUAUAUACUUCACUGAUGAAUUUCAAAAUACCUACACAUACAUGACUUGGACAGAACAGAACAUUGCAACAUGCCAUAUCGACAUGCAGGGCCGACUACAGGAAGUAAGCAAGUGAAGCGCCGCUUCAAGACGCAGUGUCAUGGGUGGCACAAAAUUCUCAGUUAACGUGGGUGCAUAUUUUAUCAUUUCCCUAAGGGAGCAUAAAUCUCUGAAGCCGGCCUGUCGACAUGUCUUUAUAUUAUUAUGUAUCUGAUUCAAAAGAUUAGUUAUUAGUCUAAUCAUAUUAGACGAAAAUACCUCUGGUUUGCGAAAUAAUUGUGAAGCCUGGUUUUAUUGAUGCAAGUUGUUCAAUGGGGUAUUUAAAACAUGGACGCAUAAAAUGGGUACACCAAUUUUUGUGGGAAAACUUUUUAUUCGACAACAAAGAAUGAGAAAACGUGUUUUUUGGGAUUUCAUCUAAAGUGUUGUUAGGAACGAAAAAACACUUCAAAUAAAAUUUUUAGGUAUUUAUUGAGACCUAUAGAAUGAGACCAUACCUAAAAAAAUCUAACUAAUAAUAAAAAAUUUAUGGCCGAAAACCGAGGCAAAAUGGAGAUUUUGGCACUUGUUGCUGAUGCGACGAUAAUUUCACGUAACUACUUGAAAUUGUUUAAAUCCGAAGGCUUCUCACUUCUAAAUAACCACAACAAAAUUGGAGUCGAUUGAUCAGGUACUUUUUGAGAAUUUCUAAUUGUUUAUCCGAAAACAUCUGUCUUCCGGCCAUCACUACUAGUUUAUUGAGCAAUAUACAGGGUUCGUUCAAAGGGCAUGUCAUAGUAAAAUACACAAGAUAUGAAUUAAAAGCCAUUCCGAAAGAUCACGCUUAUUUUUAGGGGAAAAACGAAGGUUUCCUUUUUUUCACCUAAACAAAUUCAAACAUUUCGUAUUUGUAAUUAACUGAUCAGAUUCGCUACGAUAUUCGAAAAACUUGCGUUAUUAUGCACAUUUUAAAACAAAGCGGUGUCUAUCACUUUUUGUGGCGAAGGAAAAAAUUACUUACAAAUUCGAAACGUUUGAAUUUGUUUAGAAGAAAAAAUCGUAACCCGUCGUUUUUCGCAUAAAAAUAACAAUUAUCUUUCAGAAUGGCUUGUGAUUCGUGUCGGCAUAGGUAAACUCGUGUAUUUUACUAUAAAAUGCCCCUUGAACGAACCCUGUAUAUUGCUCAAUAAACUAGUAGUGAUGGACGGAAGAAAGGUGUUUUGGGAUAAACAAUUAGAAACUGAAAAACUUGAUCAAUCGACUCCAACUUUGUUGUGGAUAUUUAGAAGUCAGAAGCCUUCGGAUUUGAAGAAUUUCUAGUAGCUGCGUGAAAUUAUCGUCGCAUUAGCAACAAGUGCCGAAACCUUCAAUUUGCCUUGCUUUUCGGCCAUAACUUUUUCACUAUUAGUGGCACCUGUUUACGUGUGGUCUCAUAAAUACCUAAAAAUCUUAUUUGAAGAGUUUUCUCGUGCCUGUCAAUUCUUUCGAUUGAAUCCCAAAAAACACGUUUUCUCAUUCUUUGUUGUCGAAUAAAAGGUUUUCCCACAAAAAUUGGUGUACCCAUUUUAUGCGUCCAUGUUUUAAAUACCCCCUUGAACAACUUGUAUCAAUAAAACCAGACUAUACAAUUGAGGCGUGUUUGAAAAAAACAACAUAUGUUCAAAAGAAAAAAAUUUCAGGAAACAGAAAAAACGAUCUAUUUCAAAACUAAUAAUUAUCUUGAAUAUCAACUAUUAAUAAUAGCUUAAAAAAUAUGCUCUUUACUAAAAAAUAUGUAAGCUUAAGUAAUCAAAAACAUCCUUUUUUGUACUAGAUGGUCACUAACUCAGUUUCGAUAAAUUUGAACUUAUGCGGUUUUUGUAAAACACACCUCAAUUAUUUCGGGGAAUUUGCUAAUAUGAUUACACUAUAUAGUCUGCGAAAAAGUAUGAAAGUCAAAUAUUUACAUUAGUGAAAAAAGUAAUAAAUUAAUUUGAAUAGGAAUCGACAUUUUUUAGUUACCUUAACAGCACGUCGUGAGAUGAUACUAUCAUUGAUAGUAAAAUGAUGAUUAUUUAUUUUUUAGUUUAGUAUUAAGAGGUAUUAUCUUUUUGUGAGAGAAUAUGCCUUUUGAUAUCCGCAAGUUUACGAAGGUCAGUAUAAGUUAGUGGCCGAUUUAUGUUGUCCCGUAUUUAAUUUGUUGUAUGAUACGGCCAUUUUUAAGAAAACCAGAGAUAUAUCAAAUCAUAUAUCAUAAAAAGCAUAUAUUUUUCAUUAAAAUGACCAAUGAUUAGCGUUCUGUAAAUUAAAAGUAUUAGCAUUAAUCUAUUAAGCGUUCAAUAUUAGAUGAAUAACAUUUUAAUCAUUGGACGGUUUUAUUAUAGCACGUAUAGUGGGCCAUUCAAGAAAUAUGAUUGUGUACAUAAAAAUAAGUAUAGCUGUAUCACUUACGUAUAUUAAAAGUAUCAUACCAAUAAUAAUACCAAUAAUAUUGAAAAUCCAUACCGUGUUUGUGAUUUUUACUAAACAUUAUAGAUUUUUUCUUCGCCAUUUCGUUUGGUUUUCUUAAAAGUGGUUCCCAUUGUAAUCAGUGCCAAAUCUCUUAAAUUGUAGAUACACUUUAUAUUUUCGUAUUAUAGGAUAUAACUGUGCAAUUCUACAUUUACUUUGUAUAUACUACUUUUAACAUCACUAUUUAUAAGGCUAUCUGUAAAGAAUUGUGUUAAAUACAAAACCAAAAUAUGAUAACGAUUAUUAUUAUUUCCAAAAUUCUAUGGACAUUAUAAGUUGCUGUGUAGAUUUAAAUAUGACACUAUUUGAUUGUGAGAUUUCCAUGGGACUGUGAAAACGAAUAGAAA